CUAAGGUGAUAUUUCAAGCAAUAACAAGACAAGGAAAUACAAUAGGAGAGGAUCUUCAUGAGGGACACAAGUCCAAUCACAGCUUCUCUUAGGAGGCUGAUUGCUAUCACCUGUGGGUGACUGUGGCACACAUUAGUUCUGAUGGACGUGCACUGUGGCUGCUAUUUAUGUGCCUUCAAUCAUGCUGAUCAACAUGGGCCCUAUGGUGGCCAAGCUCUAUUUGUCAAUAAUCGAUGAUGUGAUUGAGAGUAUGAGGGAGCUGUUCCUGGAUGAGGGCCUUGAAGACUGCAUCCUCGACAAUUUACGACAUCUUUGGGAGACAAAGACGAUGGAGUCGAAGACUAUGGACGACUUCAGGAAGAACAACAGUGACUCUCCAGACUUUGUGCUCCAGCUUCCAGCUAACUACAGGCGCAAUGAUGCAGAACUCACAGCUUCAGUAGUGAUCCCCGCAAGUCAGAAUAUUCACAGUUUCCCUGUCAAGAACAACUCUGAGACACUUGCUACCUUUUCACUUCCUGCUGGCCUAUCUUACCCUGUGCAGAUACCUGCUGGAGUCACUCUACAAACAGCCUCUGGUCAACUUUACAAGGUCAAUGUUCCUGUUGUAGUUACUCAGGCCCCAGCAGGUCAGCAAACAGUAUCCCAACCUCCACCGGCUUCAUUCCAACCUGGUGAAACACUUCCUCAGGAGGCACCGCCUGUGCCGACCCUUAUGGUCAACUCAUCGCAACUGCCAGACGCUACUUUACCCCCCAGUCAGGAGAGCAGCGUUCCCCAGCAAGACCCUUAUCCUGCCGUCAGCCAGUUGGUCGGCAGCGAAGAGGCUUUGACGAAGACCACUCAGUUCAAGAGCAGCGACAUUGAUGAUAUCCUCAAAGAAUUCAUUAAAGAGGAGCGAGAAAAAGCAGCAAGGGCAAGAAACUUGGCUCACACCAAAUGUUGCGACCAGCCUGAAGCAAUUCUCGGGCUGGACCUGGACUUCAACUACAGUGAACUGUCCGACAUCGUACAGCUGGAUGGUACGGCGGACAAUUCGGACAUGGAAGAGGAAGAAGUCGUGCCACUGGAGGAGAAUGACUUCCUGGGUAUGAUCAACGCAGAGGCCAUCAAGGCUCUGCAGGAAGGAGUCGGGAGCAGUGAUGGGAACACUGGCUCCUCCAGUAGUGACAGUGAAGGACCUGAUGAGCUUGAACAUGUAGAAGAUGAGGAUCCAUUGAAUUCAGGUGACGAUGUGUUUGAACAAGAUAUCCCAGAUCUCUUUGACUCAGAGAAUGUCAUUGUAUGCCAAUAUGACAAAAUUCACCGCAGUAAGAACCGCUGGAAGUUCCAUUUGAAAGAUGGAGUCAUGUGUUAUGGUGGCAGGGAUUAUGUGUUCUCUAAAGCUGUUGGGGAAGCAGAAUGGUAAUUCACUGCUCCAUCCAUUUUGUUUACCAUUUAUGCUCAGUAGGGUUGCAGCAGGUCAGGGCAGUCCAUCCCAGCUGACUUUGGGUGAGAGGUGACCCUGAACUGGACACCAGCCAAUCACAGGGACUGCUGCUUAUGAUGGAGGGGAAAAUGAUAUCAACAGAGCACAUGUUGCCUAAUUAGAUAUACUGUAUUUAUAUUCAUUAGUGUGAUUAAUGAAGAAUCGACACAGAAAAUUACCGUACUUUAGAUUGGUUGCGAAUGUAAUUUAAUUUCACGUUAAUUUAUGUUCUGUAGUUAUUUUCUUUAAGAAAAAAUACUCUGGUUUAAAGGGUACGCCUGUGUUGUUUUGCCAAUAUGAGUUCCUUGCUUGAUUGUAAUGUUUAUUCCUCAUAUUUUCUAUGCUGUGUGCAACAUUCAAUAAACCUUGAAAUAGGGACUUUGCAUUAUCAUGGUUAAAACCAGA